AUGUUGAUCAACUUGCCAAUGGAGCUUGUUCCGUUGAUGGAGUUGUCGCGCAAAGAUUUGGUGAAUUUGUCGUUGGUGGACAGCUCGCACAGAGCAAAGUUCUAUCCUCUUGUUUACGACAAGGUCAAGUUGACGUGGAACCAGUUCAAGAACUUCAACGAGCUGUUCAAGUCGAAGGACAUGGUGCGCAGCGUGCGUGUCUUCAGCGAUCACACGGACAAAAAAGCCACAAGUUACGGCGAAUGGAACAUUUCUCUUAAAGAGCUGCUUGAAGAGUGCGCCAACCUCAAGCAUCUCACGAUCGAGGUUGUUUCCUCAUCGCGGUGUCUCAAAUACCAGGACAAGUUUGAUGUUGAUCUUAGCGACAAGAUCGAAUAUUUGAAGCUAAUUAGUCAUUCUCUCGAGGCCAACGACGAGUCGUUGUUUGAGUUGACCCAACUGCAAAGGUUCCAUAACAUCAAACAAUUGGUGUUGAACGGGUUUCUGCUCACCAAAGACCAGUUCUUCUAUCCCAAGUUCAAGCCCGAUUUCAGCGAUCUGAAACAACGCAGUCGCGACGGCAGACUCGUUUAUCUAAACGAUCUUAAACUGGUCAACUGCAAAUGGGACCAUCCGUGCAAUCUUAACGAUAUCUUCUCGCCAACGUACCCUUCACCCAACCCGUUGAUCAACAUGGAAACUUCCGAGUUCACGUCCCCAGAACGACUAUCUUUGUACUACAACGACCAGUCAUCCAAUUUCGUGGUGAGCGAACGGUUCAAAUCGUUCAUCGACAACGACCUGAACGAACUAUUUCUGUUCCAAACCAGGUUCUACUACAACCUCAAACAUCUAUCGCUGGUGAUUCUAAACCAAAAGUCCGAGGAAAACAAAUACAACUACUAUCCGUGGCUCAACUGGCUAAAUCUGAAAAAAAUAUUCCAGGCGCAAAAUAUGGAGACUUUGGAGAUUGAGAACAAGUCGAUUUUGACCAACUUGGAAACACUAACGUUGGUUGGAUGGCGACUAACGAGUCUCAACGAGCUGGACAAGGUGUUUGUGGUGGCAAAUGGCCCGCAACCGCGUUUAAAACGUCUGCAACUGUACAUAGUGAAGGCUCGCACGAGCUCGACAGACUGCACAGAAACAACCGCGGCAGACGUUGAUCUGCUCUCGAGAAUGAAAACUCGGCUCGAACUGAUAUUCCCGAAAUGCCACACAACCGUUGGGUUUGUGGAGGAGUGUGUCUCGGACCAAAGAUACGCUAACGAGUAUACGAAAAAUAACGACUAA